AACCCUUGGAUAAAGCAUGCGAGGGGCAACCAGGGAACUCGCAUUCAGAGGGGGAAGCAGCGUCACAGGGUAAUGGAGGACGAGGCAACACUGUACCAGCAACUGCAAAAGCUCUCGAGCCUAGUGAAGCCGGAGGAAGCUGUGGACCAGAUACUGACCACCCUUUGGAAGACGAGAAGAACCGGUCUCCGUCCUCCCGAGAAGUCCCACAUUCAGUCCCUCCUCGGUCUUCCUUCUCCCUCCGAAUUGGACCCCGUAUUGGCAUGCCUUCGUUCGCUCAUCAGAAAAUGCGUACACGAAAACUUCAGCGGGGAUCAUCUUCUGAAGCUUUUCCCACCCGAUCUUCCGCUUGACCUACAAAGCAUCCUUGUUUUGUCGCUCCAGAAGUAUCAGGGUCUGUGGAAGGACGACUGUUCCAGAGAACAGCGUACGUUUCCUAGGACUGGUGUUUCCUAUCAGGUGAGUACAAGUGUGCCACCGUCUUUCACUUCUUUGCCAUCAUCUUCCGAGAUUUCGACUCCGUCAUGGCCUCGUCAAGAUGAUCCCGGUGCCCGACUCAAUCGCGGAGGCAACGAUUUUGGGGCUUUCACACCCAUUGUUGCUGCUUCGGGGCUCCAACGUGAUGCUGUUCUUCCCAGCGACUUGGAAAGUCUACCCUGUCUCAAGUCAAUGGAUUGGACUAUUGAGAAUCGCAACUCUGCACCAACUAAUAGAGUGGCUGUCGUUAGCCUUAAGUAUUGUUUGCACCUUCAUGAUUUCAUUUCCAGUGGCACAAGUGAAUUUUCUACUUUGGUAGUGCAUCAAAAUAACAGAAAGACAUGCCAACUUUCACUGGAGCUUUCAGCACUAUUGAAGGAUCUAAACUUGUCCAAAACAUCAUCUUUUUUUUAUAUAGUGCAUAUAGCAUGCUGUAGAAAUCUGUGAUGUCUCCCACCUACCAAUCCUGAGCAGCGCGAGUGAAACUCACAGACCAAUGAAUAGGCUCAGCAGUACUACACAUAUUCUCAGCCACUGAGGAGUCCGGAUCAAGCGCAAUCCUAUAGAGAGAAGGAAAAGCGCUUUUCAGAGUUACAUCGGGUUGAUCUGAGAUCUUUAGAAGAAUUGAUGUGGCUUGGGUUAUGUCUUUGAGGGUGGUGGAUUUAUUAGCUUGCUGGAAGGAUAUUCAAGGCUGUCCCCAAGUGGCUGCAGUUUGGAGUAUGAUUCCUUUGUGCAUUAUGUGGUGUAUUUGGAUGGAAAAGAAUGAUCAGUGUUUUGAAGAUGGGAGCGCACAAUGGGGGAACUUUGGAACUUUUUUGUGCACACCUUAUUGCUCUGGUUUUUAGCCAUUGUGCUUAACAGAACUAGUGUUCAUGAUUUUCUGUUUUUAAUUUCUGGUUCCUAGAAUGUAUUUAGGUGUUCUUUUGUAUACUUUCUGUGUACAUGGGCUUUGCCUACUUCCUUCGUAUCAAUUAAAAUUUUCAUUUUACAUAUUAAAAAAAAAAAAAAGGUUUGAUAUGUAAACUUCUUCAUCAAUGCUGAGCUCAACGUGGAAUAUAUAGGCCAGUAUUUGCCUUUUCCUCUCC